CGUCGCUUUUCAUACCUGCGUAAAGUUUUUUUGCGGAAAAAUCAAUUAAAUUUACAGUAAAUUGUUGCUUCGAGUGCAUUUUGAAGUAGCUGGACAAGAUGAAUGGAAAACAAGAUAAAGAAAUGAUGGUGAAGGACAGUUUAUUUCAGUUCAUCAAGGAAAAUAUACCAAACGCGAAUCUCAGCGUUAUUGACGAAAUAGUACUCUCCUACGUAAUUUCCAUUUUGGACGAGGCUUCGACGGAUCCUUACUAUGAACUGGAAGGCUUUAUUGAGGUGAUGAGUGACUAUGUUCCUGAGUUUGAGACUAUUGACCCGGCUGUGGUGUGCGCCUGGUUUGUAGACCUCGAGGCUAAACUGAAGGAGCUGAGGAAUAAUGCAUAUGUGAAGUCAAAAGAAAAUGGUGAAAAAGACAUUAAACUGGAGCUGCAAAAUAUUUGUGAGAUUGUGGCGCGACCCCCACCAAAACAAACACGGUCGCACUCGAACUCGGAGAGCUCCACGGAGGGCGAGCGGCGCGUGGUAGAGACGGACGAGUACGCGGAGCAGUGCCGCAUCCUGCACGAGAUGUUCCCCAACACCUGCGCCAUGGAGAUAAAGCACUGCGUAUCGAUCGCGGGCGGCGACGCGGAGCGCGCGGCGGCGACGCUGCUGCACCGGCGCGAGCAGGGGCAGGCGCUGUCGGCCGCCGCGCUGCACUCCGCCGCGCGCCCGCUGCCCUGCGACGACUACGAGCUCAAGAACCGCAUCAUCGCCAGAUAUUCGUACGUAGACAAGAACUCUGACACGAAGGAACACAAGCCGCUGGCGCCCAAAUUCGAGCCCAAGAAGAUGGUCCGCUACCGCGACAACAAGAUCGUCUCGCUCAAGGGCGAGAGGUACACUGAGGUGCCGAAGUCUGGAGUCGACGAGGAGCACUUAAAGAAGCCCAAAAAGCAGCAUUGCCCUUAACCUUUAAAUCUACGUCAGUACGGUGAAAAAGCGGUAGUCACGCAUUCUCCCGCACCAUUGAUGUCCCCAAUACAUUUAAUCGUUCCUUAUCCCCGCCCCCGCCGCGUGGUAUCGUCUCGCGCGCGCGUAUGUGUCGUGUGUGUGUGCGUCGAUGUUGUCUCUAGGCCGAGUACGCGCGCGAGAGUCGACGCGCGUGCGCGGGCGGCGUGUGUUAGUGUUAGUGUAGUGUACGCGCGUGAUUCGCAAUUUAUUUACGCGGCAUUUUUGUUACCCGCUUUUUCGAGUACUGAUUUUAGUGAGUACGAGCGUCGCCUCGACCGACCUACUUUUAUUCGUGUUACUUUUCACUUAUUUAUUGUUAAGUUUAGACUGCAUCGGCUACUCAGUAUUAUUAGAAGCACCGAUAUAGGGACGGAUUGUGUUCAAGCCGGGAGCGGGAGGAGGAGAGGGAUCGGGCCGUGUGUAGGGUCGCGCUGGUUGGCCCCGCCCCGCAGCCCCCCCUCCACCCCGCCCUCCGCGUCCCCGUGCCUCGAGAUCUGUGUGACACCUGUGAUUAUUGACUAUUAUUUAAUUAUUAAUAUAAUUCGUACGUUAGUUUUCUCGUUUUUAUACGCAUCUGUGAUUUUAAUGCCAUUGAAUUAUAUUAUAGUAUAUCCUGUAAGAUUUUAUAUUGAUUUAAGUUUUUUAUCACAAUUAUUAUUGUAUCAUAAUUUAUUUAAACGUGUCGACGUGAGACACCCGAUCUGUGAUUCAAACUUUAUGUAUGUAGUAAAUUAUUAGGUUCAGAUAUUGGAAUGGACGAAGCGUAUACAGUGUGGAAUUUCAAUGAAUGAAGUAAAACGCUGUUUAAGGCCACGCUGUUUAUGAAAAACUAUUCGCUGACGUUAUUGGAAGAUUAGAAAUCUUUAAAAACAACUGCACAAAAUUAAAACUGUUUUAAAAUUAUACUCUAGUUUAGAACCAAAAGUUCUGCCUAUUCGUCCAUUCCGAUGCGUUCCCUCUGUUCUAUAUUCGACUUAAGUUAUAAGGUGAAAUAAUUUCAAUAAGAUUCGGAAUCUUAUGAAGAUUGCAGUAAAAUACUGUUUACUAUAUUUUUUUCUAUUGUAUUUUAGUUUUUUGAUGCUCGUCUUAAUUAUUUAAUAUUCUCCUUACUACUAAAAAGAUCCAUACCGCAUAUUUC